AUGGCGGCCGUUUUGGAGUCGCUGCUGCGAGAGGAGGUGUCGGUCGCAGCCGCGGUGAGGUGGAUCGCGCGCAGCGCCCAGAGUUCGGAGGUAACAGCGCCGACACGCCCCCAGGCCUGGCCCGAGUCUGCUUUCCGCGGUCGCGAGCGGGGAGGCCGCGGCCCCGGGGGCCUGGAGGAGGGGGUCAGCGGAGAGAGUUCGCCUUGGGCCGGGGGCCGGAGGCCCAGGGGAUCUGGCAGCCCCUGCAGCCCCAGCCUCGCGCGCUCUGAUCCGCCAAACCUCAGCAACCUGGAGGAGUUCCCUCCCGUAGGCUCGGUUCCCCCCGGCCCUGCAGGGACGAAGCCUUCGCGCAGGAUCAAUCCAACUCCGGUGAGCGAAGAGCGGUCACUGUCCAAGCCCAAGACCUGCUUCACCUCACCCCCAAUCAACUGUGUCCCCAGUUCCCAACCCUCAGUCCCGGACACUAGCCCUUGGGGCCAUGGCCUUCCCCCAGGGUGCAGAAGUCUGCAAGAGGAACGGGAGAUGCUCAGGAAGGAGCGCUCUAAGCAGCUGCAGCAGUCACCUACUCCCACCUGUCCCACCUCAGAAUUGGGGUCUCCCCUCCCCAGCCGGACAGGUAACCUCACAGCUGAGCCCGCUGACCCUGCCAGAGUGUCUUCCCGCCAGCGCCUAGAGCUGAUAGCCCUCAUCUACUCUUCAUGCAUCGCAGAGAACCUGGUACCAAACCUCUUCUUGGAGCUUUUCUUCGUCCUUCAACUCCUUACUGUUCGGAGGAUGGUGGCCACGAAGGAGAGUGACCUUGAACCAAUUCCGGGAGCACUAGAUUCCCUGGAAAGCCCUCUGUUCCAGAGUGUCCAUGAUUGUGUCUUCUUUGCAGUACAGGUUUUGGAGCAUCAGUUUCAGGUUCUUUCCUACUUGGACAAAGGGACCUUAAAACUGUUGGCUGAGAAUGAGCGGCUGCUGUGCUUUUCACCAGCUCUGCAAGGCCGCCUCCGAGCUGCCUAUGAGGGCAGUGUUGCCAAGGUCUCUCUGGCGAUGCCACCGUCUGCUCAAGCUGUCUCCUUUCAGCCAGAAACUGACAAUCGUGCCAACUUCUCCAGUGACCGAGCCUUUCAUACUUUUAAAAAACAAAGGGAUGUGUUUUUUGAGGUGCUUCGAGAGUGGGAAGAUCGGCAUGAGGAGCCUGGCUGGGAUUUUGAGAAGGGCUUGGGCAGCAGGAUCAGAGCCAUGAUGGGUCAGCUCUCUGCAGCCUGCAGCCACAGCCAUUUCGUUCGGCUUUUCCAGAAACAACUUCUCCAGAUGUGUCAGAGUCCCAGUGGCACCGGAGGCACGGUCUUGGGUGAAGCUCCGGAUGUGUUAAGUAUGCUUGGAGCUGACAAACUGGGGCGGUUGCGGCGCCUACAGGAGAGGCUUGUGGCCCCUCAGAGCAGCGGGGGGCCCUGUCCGCCCCCCACCUUCCCGGGCUGUCAGGGAUUCUUCAGGGACUUCAUCCUGAGCGCCAGCAGCUUCCAGUUUAAUCAGCAUCUCAUGGACAGUCUGAGUUUAAAGAUCCGGGAGCUCAACAGCCUUGCCCUGCCACAGCCUGAGCCCAGUGACGACGAUGGGGAGUCAGAUGUGGACUGGCAGGGUGAACGGAGGCAGUUUGCCAUGGUGCUGCUCAGCCUGAGGCUUCUGGCUAAAUUCCUGGGCUUUGUGGCUUUCCUGCCAUACCGGGGGCCUGAGCCACCCCCCACCCGUGAGCUCCAGGACUCCAUUCUGGCCCUGAGGAGCCAGGUGCCCCCGGCCCUGGAUGUGCGGGCGCUGUUGCAGCAGGGGCUGCGGGCCCGCCGAGCCGUGCUCACGGUGCCCUGGCUGGUGGAGUUCCUCUCCCUCGCUGACCACAUUGUGCCACUGCUGGACUAUUACCGCAGCAUCUUCACUCUCCUGCUCCACCUACAUCGGAGCUUGGUCUUGUCAAAGGAAAGCGAGGGGGAGAUGUGUUUCCUUAACAAGUUGCUGCUGCUUGCUGUUCUGGGCUGGCUUUUCCAGAUUCCCACAGUCCCUGAGGAUCUGUUCUUUCUGGAAGAGGGUCAGUUGGAUACUUUUGAGGUGGAUACAGUAACUUCAGAGCACGGGUUGGAUGGCAUGCCUGUGGUGGACCAGCACCUACUCUACACCUGCUGCCCCUAUAUUGGAGAGCUCCGAAAACUGCUCGCUUCGUGGGUGUCAGGCAGCAGUGGGCGGAGUGGAGGCUUUGUGAGGAAGAUCACUCCCACCACCACCACGGGUCUUGGAGCCCAGCCUCCCCGGACCACCCAGGGGCUGCAGGCACAGCUGGCCCAAGCCUUUUUCCACAACCAGCCACCUUCCCUGCGCAGGACUGUGGAAUUUGUGGCUGAAAGAAUCGGCUCUAACUGUGUCAAACACAUCAAGGCCACACUGGUGGCAGAUCUGGUACGCCAGGCUGAGUCGCUUCUUCAGGAGCAGCUGGUGACGCAGGGACAGGAAGGGGGUGAUCCAGCCCAGCUGUUGGAGAUCUUGUGUUCCCAGCUGUGCCCACACGGGGCCCAGGCACUGACCCGGGGGCGGGAGUUCUGUCAGAAGAAGAGCCCUGGGGCAGUACGGGCACUGCUUCCCGAGGAGACCCCGGCAGCUGUUCUAAGCAGCGCAGAGAACAUUGCUGUGGGGCUUGCGACAGAGAAGGCCUGUGCCUGGUUGUCAGCCAACAUCACAGCACUGAUCAGGAGGGAGGUGAAGGCAGCAGUGAGUCGCACACUUCGAGCCCAGGGUCCUGAACCAGCUGCCCGGGGGGAGCGGAGGGGCUGCUCCCGAGCCUGUGAGCACCACGCUCCCCUCCCCUCCCACCUCAUCUCCGAGAUCAAAGAUGUGCUCGCUCUGGCUGUGGGGCCCCGGGACCCCGAGGAGGGAGUCUCUCCGGAGCAUCUGGAGCAGCUCCUGGGCCAGCUGGGCCAGACACUGCGGUGCCGCCAGUUCCUGUGCCCGCCUGCAGAGCAGCAUCUGGCAAAGUGCUCGGUGGAGUUAGCAUCCCUCCUUGUGGCAGACCAGAUCCCUGUCCUCGGGCCCCCGGUGCAGCACCGGCUGGAGAGAGGACAGGCUCGCAGGCUCCUGCACAUGCUGCUUUCCCUGUGGAAGGAUGACUUUCAGGUGCCGGUUCCACUGCAGCUGCUGCUGAGCCCAAGAAACCUGGGGCUUCUGGCAGACACCCGGCCAAGGGAGUGGGACCUGCUGCUGUUCUUGCUCCGGGAGCUGGUAGAGAAAGGGCUGAUGGGACGGACAGAGAUAGAGGCCUGCCUGGGCAGCCUCCAUGAUGCCCAGUGGCCAAAGGACUUCUCUGAAGAAUUAGCAACACUGUUCAACCCAUUUCUAGCUGAGCCUCACAUGCCAGAACCCCAGCUAAGAGCUUGUGAGCUGGUGCAAACAAACCGGGGGACUGUGCUGGCCCAGAGCUAG